GUGUGUGUGUGUGUGUUCAACAGUAGCAGACAGUUAUAUCAUGUGGAUACUGGAUAAUAUUAACGCGCUCGUGUCGUGGUGAAUGAACACUUCAUUCAGAUGAAUGGAUGAACUGCGAUCAGCAUUAGAUGCGUCUGUAGGCAUCAAAACACAUGAUCAUGAUGAGAUUGACAGCGGUUUUAUCCUCUGUGAUGAUGGUCUGCAUGCUCCUGAUGGAUGCUACAGUGGACAGCACUGCAGAAUUUGACCCCUAUAAGGUUCUAGGGGUAACAAGAAGUGCAAGCCAAGCAGAAAUCAAGAAAGUGUAUAAACGCCUGGCCAAAGAAUGGCAUCCAGACAAAAAUAAAAACCCAGACGCAGAAGAUACGUUUAUUAAGAUAACAAAAUCUUAUGAGAUCCUGUCGAAUGAGGAGAAAAGAGCCAGUUACGAUCGCUACGGAUCAACGAAUAACGCUUAUUCUUACGGUCACCGCCACUUUCAUGACCACUUCUAUGAUGAAUCUUACUUCCACUUCAACAACAACGGUGGCCGGGACUCUGCUGACAGCAAGUACACGAUAAACUUUAAUCAGUACGUCAAUGAAGUGGUGCCUGAGAGCUUCAAGAGGCCUUACUUGAUCAAGAUCACUUCAGACUGGUGCUUGAGCUGCAUCCAUAUCGAACCAGUCUGGAAAGAAACUGUGCAGGAACUGGAAUCUCUCGGGAUCGGGAUUGGUGUGGUUGAUAUUGGUUACGAGCGCCAUCUCGCCAACCACUUGGGUGCCCAUCAGACUCCAUCCAUUCUUGGUGUCAUCAAUGGGAAAGUGACUUUCUUCCAUUAUGCUGUUAUGAAGACGCACCUGAUGCAGUUUGUGGAAGAUUUGCUGCCCCAAAGGCUGGUGGAGAAGGUCACAGACAAGAACAACCAAGAGUUUCUGAACAGUUGGCAUGAGCUGAACAAGCCACAUGUUCUUCUGUUUGACCAAGUGCCUUCAGUUCCUCUUCUUUUUAAGCUCACGGCGUUUGCCUAUAAGGAUUACGUUCGGUUUGGAUAUGUGGAUCAGGGACUGUCUGAAACGGCUGAACUGCUGAGAAGAUUCAACAUAAACACAUAUGCGCCGACUAUGCUCGUCUUCAAAGAGGACAUGGAGAAGCCUGCAGAUAUUAUACAGGCUAAAGGGAUGAAGAAACAGAUCAUAGAUGAGUUCAUCUCCAACAACAAGUUUCUUCUAGCCCCUCGACUGGUCAACCAGAAGCUAUUUGAUGAGCUUUGUCCCGUCAAACAGUUCCAUCGACGGCGGAAAUAUUGUGUUAUACUUCUCACCGGUGAGGAAGAGACCUUUGCCACGGGAAAUGAAGCUUUUCUCUCUCUAGCGUCUGUCGACGCCAAUGACGUUCUGCGCUUCGCUUAUGUCUACCAGAGACAUCAACAGCCACUAUGUGACGUUCUCUUGAAAAACAAAGAUAGCGCACCACAGGUGUUUAUUCUGGAGCGGCGUAACAGUGCUGGUAAAGUUCUGUAUAAGCCAGUUGUGGGAGGAUGGAACGGCAGUGAAGACGACAAACACAAGCUUUUGGAGGAACUGGUCAGACUGCAGAAAGAUCCGUCCAUACUCAACUAUGAUGCCAUUCUGCCAGAGCUCAACAACGAAUUCGCCUCUACGUUUAUAAUCAGAUGGAUUUACGCAGCAUGCGACUACUUGUCGGAAAUGAUUGACGAUCUUCUUCACAAUAACUGGCGUGAUAUGAUGCCUCUUCUUUCUUUGAUCUUCUCCGCACUCUUCAUUUUAUUUGGCACUGUGGUCAUUCAGGCGUUCAGUGAUUCAAGUGAAGAAAAACACCCUAAAUCAAAAGCUAAAGAUGCAUCUAAAACUGAAAACGGUUCACCAAAUACCUCAAGCAGUCGGCCACCGAAGAAGAGCUUUGUGGAAGUGACGGAGUUAACAGAUAUCACAUACACCAGUAACCUGGUGAAGCUGAGGCCGGGUCAUAUGAAUGUGGUUCUGGUUCUUACCGAUGCCACGAAGAACAUCCUACUUAGCAAGUUUGCCAAGGAAGUUUAUUCAUUCACUGGGAGCUUGACUCUACACUUUUCCUUCUUGAAUGUGGAUAAACACAGUGAGUGGAUGGUGGCCGUGCUGGAGUACGCUCAGGACGCCAUGCAGAUCGACACCGAUGAGGAUGAUUUGAGCAGCCGCAAAAUAGACUACACCGGUUACGUUCUGGCCCUCAACGGCCACAAGAAGUACCUGUGUCUUUUCAAGCCGGUGUACACGGGCGAGGACGUGGACAGCAAGCCGGAAGAGGAGGGAGGAGGUUCCAGGUCCAGAAAGGGCAUGACACGUUCUCGCUCCACAACUCUACAGAUCCAUCACAAACUGGAUCGACUCGGGCUGUGGAUGGAGCGACUGAUGGAGGGGACGCAGCCACGGUACUACGUCCCAGCAUGGCCCGGUCUGGACAAGAUUACUGUGAAUAAAUAAAGAAAACUGGUACAGUAUGCUUUUGUUACAGCUUACAACUUUUCUGGGUUUAAAGCGUUGAAGGUCUUGGUGAGACCGGGCUUAAUGCUGCUCAAAGCGCAACUGUAACCAAGGCGCUUAUAUGGUAAAGAAACACUUGUGGCUGUGCUGUUAAUGUCAUCAGAUGAGAGAAUUGUCUUUCUGAAUUGGUGUAAUACUUGAAUCGACAAUUGACACUGUUUCUUACUCGCCAAUGUAGCUGCUUCUAUGGAGGCCUUUAGGUCUUCAAUAUUUAUCUCAAAGGCUGUUGUUUUGAAGGCUGCCGUGUCUUUGAAUUUUCCUUUUUACGCUUUAAAAAUGCUUCCGUUGUAUGAACAUUGCAACACGCUCAGAAUACUGUAGCUUACAAAAUGUAGCACAACUUUGUUACGUUUGCUCAUGACAAUACUGUGAAUUCUAAGUUUUACAAAGUUUAAAUGCCAAAUGCCAUUCUGAAUUUAACCCCCAUCUAAAUAGUGCAAUAACUUAAAUGUCUGACUUUUAAUGUUUUCCGAAAAAGAAAACGUAAGAAUAUUUAAGUGUCAAUCAGUUCUUUGAUUUUGUUGUUGUUGUGCACCACUUGUUUUCGAUACCUGUGAUAGAAACUGUAAUACAACAUUAGAGCAAUAUCUGUUGGUAGAAUAGAAUCUUAUCCGCCAUGUGUAUUUAGUCUGAAGGUGUACAUAAUCAUAUUAAAUGUAAAAUAUGUAAAAUGGGUUUCUAUAACAAUUAAAGGUUCCAGAUAUUCUAACAAGACUGACAGCGCAGGUAAAAGUAAAGCAAAGUUGUAAAACAUUUUAUUGAGCAUAUUCAGCUGUGUCGUAAAGCUAUUAAAUGUGCAAGCCUUAAUAGAAAAUAGUUUAUUUAUCUUUAUGUAUUCGGCUUUUAUCUAAAGCAACUUACAGUGCAUUCAGUUCUUUUAAUCAGUAUGUGUUUUCUGGGAUGGGACCCAUGACCUUAGUGUUGCUAAUACAAUGCUCUACCACCUGAGCGACAUGUUUCCACUUUUGUAUCUCUGUCUCUCUGUCUUUGAAUAUGUGCUAUGGCAUGCUGAACCGUCUCAUCAGGACAGAGAAGAAACAAAUAAGAUGUUUGGUUACUAUGCAUUUCAUAUAAACUGUAGAAAGCAUAAAAAAUGUGACCACACCCCAAAUCCCGACAGUCAUUUCUAUGUGACAUGUUUUAAACUGUAGCUAUCACAGAUGCAAGGAAAGGCAACCAAUGUGCUACUAUAUGAAGUCUUCCAUUACUGAAAUGUUAUUAUUGUUAUUGUUGUGGUAUUACUGUUGUUGCAUUUCUUUUUCUUUUGCAAUGCACUGGCCUGUAUCUGACAUGCAGCGUUGGACCAUGUCAGAUUUGUAUGGCUUAUUAAACUUAACCGGAAAUACAUUUUAAUGUGUUAAAUGUCUGUGGUGUAAAAUAUUCGUGGUAUUAUGUAAAUGAUAAAAAACUAAAAGAU